CGGCCAUUCCCCUCUUCAACUCGUUCUCGUUGUCUCACUGAUCCCUUGUGUUAACUAAUAAAUGUGUAAUAUGAUGGUUACAGUUAGACCUGCAAUUGCCGAUACUGUAGAAGACAAACUAGAUCUUUCGCGCCACCUGUCUAUUGUCAGCCGUUCAGCCAAUCAGGAGGGGCUCAGCAGGAUCCAGUCAAGUCCGGCUGUCCCCUUUCCAUAACAAUAGUUCUCUCCCUCUUUUUUCUCUGUACGUAUGUAUAUAUACAUAUAGAAGAAUAUAAGUGUAUCUCUUUGUUACUGCCGCUGCGCCUGCCGCCAGAUGAUGCCCUAGACCAGAUUUGACUGAAGAGUUGCCAGUGGCGAUUACAGGAAAAGACGGCGCCAUAAAGCAGCGUCGAACAUUUCGAUAGCUAUGGUAUUGGUACGAUUGCCAACGCAGAAGGACCCGUAGCUCAGACGCUGCCUUUGCUACUAUGCCACCGACGACGACGACGUUUUUGCUGCUGCUGCUGCUGCUGCUGCUAUGAUGAAGAUCGCUUUGCCCCACUGCUAGCGAUCAUAAAACAGAAAUAUUGGUAGGGACAGGUGUCUGUUCAGUAGACACAGCGGUAGCUGGCUACGACAAGAACGCGCCAACAGCGCGACGCAGCCCAACGCAACAACGGCGGACAGUAGCCACAACGACUUUCUAACUUUUGAUGCUACUACUACUGCUGCUGCUGCUGCUGCUGCUGCUGCUACUACUACUACUACUACUACUGCUGCUGCUGCUGCUACUGCUGCGCGCUGUGGCUGCCACCACAGUUCACGAGGGUAGACUAACACUGAUAUUAUGCUGCUGCUGCUGUUACUACUGCUGUUACUACUGCUGCUACUGCUGCUGCUGUUGUUGUUGUUACAUUGGGACUUCGCCUUUUUCUAGCUCAAAUAUUGUGGCGGAAAUACAACGAGCUACACGGACGGACAGACAGGCAGGCAGGCAACGGUUAGCGAGUAUCAAUAAUUGAGGACAACGACAGAUCUUUACUCGGAUGAGAAAGGCCGAAACGCACAGGGUCCAUCUACAGCAGUUACUGCAGCUGGCCAUAGACUCGAUAGCAGUGGCGGCAGCAGCAGAACUCAUGGUAGUAGGGUGCGACUGUGGCGCUUGUGGUGCCUAUAGCGUUUCGAUAUGAUUAUUUGUAGAGGAUGAAGAUCGCCAGCGGCAAAGGUGAAUCGGUGAUGUUCAAGAGCUGCUGGUGUCCCCCCCCCUCUUCCCGCUGAUGCUGUUGUUUAUGUUCGGCUGGCAAGAAGACAGAAAAAGUCGAUUCAGACAUUCGGAUUACAAUUGGACUACGCAGGUAUUUGUGUGUGAUCAUUUGUUUGCCUGGCCGUGUGCGAAGCUGUUUGCCUUUAAUACUGGGCUUGCCUAAUCUGCCUAGUGCAGGUGGUGAUUGAGUGAAAAAAGAAUGAACUCAAAAGACGCGGAUCGAUAGAGGCUUCGCUAAAAGUCCAGCGUAACAAUAACAACAUUAGAGAAACGAUAACAACACUAAAUUGCUGCUUCAUGAACGGUAGGCUCUUACGAGAUUCGAUAACUUUAUGACAACUAAACGUACUUCGUACAACAGGGGCAAAUUAAUAACGGUGAGUUCUUGAGUGCCUCUAUAAACGGAAACCCUGAACAGGACCCAUGGUUAUAGGUGUUUUUUUCAGCGGAGAUAGAUGUCUCAUAGCCGACGAAAUUACGCGACGACGCACACGACAGAGGUGUUCUCCGCAAAGGCAUCACCGUUCUCAGCGCGUGUAAGGACGCCGAUACCGAUAGAGAAGUUAGCUUCUAGUUACUUUCAGCUAAAGAUUGUAUGAUAGCGUGGACGGAAGAACAUCGUCGUGCCCCUAUCAUAUGUAUGUCCUAAUUGAAAAAUAUUAGAUGCAAGCAUUCGCAUAAAACGACAUUAGUUUCAAGUUUCUGUGUUCAUGUGAUCGUGCAGGAAAACCUGUGUCGAAAGGCAAUUGUCCGGCUAUAAUAGUUUACCGGAAGUAUGUCAAUCGUACAUUUGCUCUAAAGGAAAGGUGUGUGUUAUACUUCAUUUACAUGUGCAGUGUUUCCCUAUAGAAGCAAACGUAUUGAGGCCUUGAUAAGGAACGUGUUUUUAUGUGAACGAGAGGAAUUCUAAGAGAACAAAUUCAAUCUCAGUGACAAAGUUGUGCAAACUACCGGUGCUGCUGCUGCUAUCGCUACCGGUUGGCUCCGGCGGGCUAUCUGAUUGCUUCCGACGAUAUCCCAAAUACUCCUAGCUUUCGCGCAGAGAAGCGAGCCGUAAUUUUACAAGAUUGAGUAGUCUCAGAAAGGCGAAAAUGCCGCUGGCCAAAUUUUUUACCUUUCAUCGCGGAGAGUACGACGCCCGAGUGCGUAAAGGUAACGAGGUGACGGUCUCCGAUGCGUUAAAGGAGCUUUAUGGAACUAAAAUCCUACCCCUCGAAAAACACUACAACUAUGAGGAUUUCUUUUCGACGCCUUUGGAACCGGCGUACUUCGAGUCGAAGCCACUGGUGCUUCUCUUUGGAGAAUACUCCACGGGCAAGACGUCGUUCAUUAAGUACGUUUUAGGAAAGGAGUACCCGGGCAUGCGAAUUGGGCCGGAACCAACCACAGACAACUUUAUUGUUGUAGAGUACGGCGAGGACGAGGGAAUCGUUCCGGGUAAUGCUUUGGUAGUCGACAAAACGAAACAAUACAGUUCGUUAGCGAAAUUUGGGGGACAGUUCCUCAAUCGGUUCCAGUGCUCUACAGUUCACAGCGAAAUUCUUGAAAGAUUUACAUUAGUUGACACUCCGGGAAUUCUAUCUGGUGAAAAGGAAAGGGGUUACGACCUUACCGCUGUACUCAGGUGGUUUGCGGAACGUUGCGAUAGAAUUAUUUUACUUUUUGAUAUCAAUAAAUUGGACAUUUCUGAUGAACUUCGAGCUGCCAUCGAUAUGGUUAAAGGUUAUGAAGACAAAAUCAAAAUCGUCUUGAAUAAGUCGGAUACUGUCAACACGCAGCAGCUAAUGAGAGUAUAUGGGGCACUGAUGUGGUCGCUUGGAAAGGUAAUGGCCACUCCCGAGGCGGCUCGUGUAUAUAUCGGCUCAUUUUGGGAAAAUCCCUGGGUUCAUGAAGAAAAUCGACACCUGUUCGAAGAAGAAGAAGCUGACCUUAUCAUUGACAUCUACACUUUAUCUAGAGAUGCCGAUUUACGCAAACUUAACGAUCUCGUGCGUCGUGCGAAGAAUGUUCGAAUCCAUUCUCAUAUUAUGGCCGAACUGCGCCGAUGCAUGCCCGUCUUCGGUAUUAGUUCAGGAAGGCGAAAAAAGAGACUGCUUCUUGAGCUGUCCCAAAUUUAUGAAAAACUGCAAAUGGAAUACCAGCUUCCGCCUGGUGACUUUCCUAGUAUCAAGGAGAUGCGACGAAAAUUGCAAACUUUCGAUUUUAAUAAAAUCAGGGCACGCAAAAGAAAGUAUUUCGAUCUACUAAAUCAGGCACUCGAGCAAGAUAUAGGACGUCUUUUUCCACUACUACCAGCUGUGGACCAGGAAGACCUCGCAGCCAAGGACCGCGAACGACAAAUGAUCCUGAAUAAGGUUUGGUCCGAAAAAAUGCUACUGCGGCGACCGAUACGCCCCCGGGGAGUGUCCACGGUUUCAAGUGAAAAUCUCUCCAACAUUUCAGAAGUCGAAUCAGGAGGAGACCAUCAGACGCAAACGCAGUACCAGAAAAUUUCGAGUCUUCCUACGCCUGUAGUGAUUAUCAAGGAAGAGCUUAGCUCGGGUGGUAGUUCUCCUAGUAGCAGGUUGGGAGCGAUAGUUUCGGGUGUCGGUACCAUAGGGACGCUGAAAAGAUCAGCGCCCAGUCCACACCUCGAAAAACGAACCAUCAUCACCCGAACUGAAUCGACAACCUUGCCGAGCAAAGAGCAGGUCAUAAGGACCGAAACCGCUGUGGCUACUCCGGAGAAGACUGAGGUCAAGACCACGGAGACGACCGUAGUCGAUGGCCGAACCAAGGUAAAGGAAAGCACUCAGCUGAAGCCGGCUGAUCCUCACCUUGCCAGCUAUGCCAAGUACCAGGCACCCAAAGUGGAAGCACUGUACGCCACCAUCCAGAAAAAAAAGGAUGACGCCUUCCCAAAGGUAGAAGAGAAGAAAUUUGAUGCGAAACAAGAAUCCAAAGCUCAGGAUAACAAGGCAGAAACUAAGGAUGCUGGUGCUGCUGGUGCCAGUACUGUCACAUCUGCAACGCAACAAUCAUCUAAUAAAACGUCGGAAACUAUCAUUAACCAAGUGGAGCCGGGGAAGCGCGACAUUCUAAAGAAGAUUGGUGAAACGACAAAGGAAAAGACCGAAGUCCAAGUCGAGGAGAAAACAACCAUUAUCGCUAUAACGACGCCAGCCUCGUCGACGGUGGUGAACGGUGGCAUAAAAUCAAAUAGAUCAAUUAAGAAGAGCGAUCAAGAAGCAAUCAAGCUGCCUCUUAACAUCCAGGAGACGCCUGCCGAAGAAAAGGAGGACAAAAUCCUCAACACUGCGACGUCGACGAAGGUCAUCACAGACGAGGCAAAGUUGCCAGUCGCAGAAGAAGCCAAGACGGAGCCAACUUCGGAAGCGCCUCCGACAACAAAGACAGCGAUACCAAGCGAGAGUAAAGAAGAGCAACGACGCAGAUUCCUUUUUGGAGUAACGUCCACGCAUUCUGAUAUAAAGCAAAGAUCGGAGCAGUCCAUCAUCCUCAAGGAGAUGAAGGAAAGCUACGACCAGAGCUCCAUUAAGGACUACGAUGGGAUCAUCAACGACUCGUGAUGUACGUUAACAUUUACAGGGUCUACGGUUGUGACUUUCGCGUAGCUACCAAAAUCGCCGGAUAACCACAUUUAUCUAAACGAUCAGAGCACAUUAGGAAAUUCAACGUAUAAGGAGAAAUGGAAAAUGUUCAACUUAGCAGGAAUAAUUAGAAAUAGAUGAUGAGAAAGCAAUUUUUUUUUCUUGAGCUGUCAUAACACCCUAAUGCCAGGUGCCUCUUCGAUGUUCCGAGCCUAAAUGAAUGUCCUUGUAUGUUCCAACCAAGUGCCUCAUUAAUGUCACAAUAUAUAUAUAUAUAUAUAUAUGGAUAAAUUUAUACAAUAGCUUAGAAAUUUUUUGAUAGCUGUUGCCAAAGUGUUGUUCACCGUAGUACCUUAAUUUUACCAAAGUAUUCAACAAGUCAUCAUAUCAUGUACACAUAAUUAGAUGCAAGAAAAAGAUGAUUCCUUCCCUGAUUCAGUGUGUUUGAAAUAUGUUGCUUUGAAACAGCAGUGGAAAUUUAUCUAGGCUGUCCACCACCUCUCGAAGCCUAACGAGACAACACCUUUAUUGUGCGUUACGUACGUAAGUUAUUAGCAGGUUAUGGGGAUGAUACUGGAUUUUCGUCAAUAGUUUUAUUUGUCAUGCCGAGAGCCUUUGCUUUCUCUAACCGCCGUCGACCUGUAAAAGUUGACGGCUGCCCCUGUAAUAACGGCUGUGUAAAUCCUGUUGUGUUUGUGUUUUAAAGUUAUUUCUCUGAUGUUUAUUGCUGAGUGAGGCAAUCGUUUCGCUUCUGGACGAUAUAAAUGGUGUGUCUCCGACCGCUUUUACCAAGACUUCUCGUAUAGAGUUUCAACAAGGCCAUCAACCAUCAGCUUGAUGCUGCUACGUAGAGAACUGCUGUGUCUUAACUCUAAACAGCAAAUGAUUAAAACGCAUAUAGGUAAUCUACGGGGCCAAGCUGAUAUAGCACCACUGGCCCAAACAAAUUAUUUCUUAACCUAGUCGUCAAUGUACUAGCCAAAAAGGAGAACGAAGUUCACUUCUUAUGGUCAUAGAAGGUAUGGCUGAGUCACACACACACACACUGCAUUUGUCUUUCGAGUCUGUACAUAAACAUAUUACUAUAUCAUAAUUAGGAUAAUUCAGUAUCAUGCAAUAUGUAACGUAAUGCAACACUACGCAAGAUUCCUGUGUGAACAAAUGCCUUAAAUAACUCGUACCAUUUUACCUGUUCUUGCUGCAAAUGACAGACUAGUUUACUGUGUAACAUCGUUAUAACGGCCUAUAACUCUUGAGUCGAUCCUUCGAAACGAAUUAACUCUAUGUAAGAAGAUUUCUUAGGAGAAGCGCGAUAAUCGCGAAAUAAUAAACCACGAUCUAUACAGAA